AUGGCACCCCUCCUCUCAACCAUGCUAUUCGCAGCCAGCGCAUCAGCCCAAGUAACAACCUCCUUCUGGAUGCCCUCCAACGGCCUCGGAACAGACAACAUCGGCUUCGUCGGCUCCGUCAUCGCCGCCAACGAAACCCACACCACCGUCGCCGUCGAAUACGACGAAGGAACCGAUCUGGACGCUCUGAGUAUCGGUCGCGAUGACCCCAUGACCAUGACCAUAGGUCCCGAAUACUACGGCACCACAGUCGACGUUGGCAUCACCCCUUCCAGCGAAGACGAUGAGGACGACACCUACGCACUCGACUGCACCUGGCCGACCCCCGAAGAAGCAGACUCGAACCGCACAUGCACAGUUUCUUACCCUCCGGGUCUCGCUAGUCUUCUCUGCGAAAAUCCCGCGUAUAUCUCGACAACUGAGGAGAUCUGGACGAGAACACACACGUAUCCUGCGCGCGGCUCUGAAUCUGCAGGUACAGAGACAAUCAGGCAGACUUUGAGCUAUGGCUAUGGCUCUGCUGUCUCGUCCGUCUCUCAGCCUGCCUACUGCAGUGAGAGUGGUACGCCCGACGAACCUUAUGUUUCUGAGGUGGAGAUCGAGGCGACGCAAUUCGGGACUUACUACCUUGUUAUUACUGCGGGGACGGAGAAGUUAAAGGCUACUGCUGCGGCUACACCGACGAUGUCGAGUGCUAUGUCUACGGGUGCUGCUACGGACGCGACGGGGGCUUCUGGGACUGCGCCCGUGCCUGAGGUGACGGAGGCUGGUGCGCCGAUGGUUAGGGGUGCGCCGUUGUUGGCUGGACUUGGUGUCGCAGCUGCUGCGUUCUUUGUUUAG